GUAGCCGGUGCCGCGGCCAUCUUUGUGUGGGAGGAGUUAGUAGGCAGAUUGGGGGCAGACAGUGUUCUGAGGCCACCGAAUCCUCUCCGCCAUGUCCGCCGAUAAACUGGAGAGUAAGACGCCGGAGGAGAUCUCCACUGACGAACAGAAGGAAGUGGAUGAUAAGGUAGUAAGUCCAGAAAAGGCAGAAGAGGCCAAAUUAAAAGCAAGGUAUCCUCAUCUGGGUCCUAAGCCAGGAGGUUCCGAUUUCUUGAGGAAACGACUUCAGAAAGGGCAAAAAUAUUUUGACUCUGGUGACUACAACAUGGCUAAAGCAAAAAUUAAGAACAAGCAACUUCCAACAACUACUGCUCCAGACAAGACAGAGGUUACAGGGGAUCAUAUUCCUACUCCACAGGAUCUUCCCCAGAGGAAACCUUCCCUUGUGGCCAGCAAGCUGGCUGGCUGAGCUGGCCUGCCUGCAUGAAAUCCACCUCAUUCCCAUCUCUCUUCCUUUAUAACCUUCUGUUAUUCUUUGAUCCUCCUCCCUGUACAGUAAUAGUCAGUCUGACAGCUUAGCAGGCAAGAGUAGUGCAAGCUGCUGUCUUGAGUGUAGGAUGAAAUUCUCUAGUAUCAGAUUAGUUGUUUAAACCGAUGCACUGAUAAACAGGCCUGUUUCUGGUAUAGCAAUGUAAAGAAAUUUACUUGAAAACAA